UGACAAUACACUGAUAUUAGAAAUCGAUGUUGCGCUUUAAAAACAACAAAUCAAAAAGAUAGAAGUUAACCAGUUUAUGUUUUGCAGGUGCCCGAGUGGUAUUGUGAUACUUUGUGCAGUCUGUGAUCACGAGAUGUUGUGUGUUGGUCUUGUUUCCUGACUAUCAUGCUGCACAAAGCAGUUCGGGAGUGGUUGUCUGAGUACAAGGCGCUGGGUGACGAUGAGAUCCUCACUUUUUCUCAGAUGCUCUGGCAGAAUACGGACCUCAUCGAUGCUCUGUAUAAACUGUUCGACAGCAAAGCAAGUGUCGAGAAUCUGGAUCCAGUGUGCCACCAGUUGUUUGAGUUUUAUCGCAGUAACCACAACGACCUCAAGAGGUUUUCGCUCGAAUACCUGCCCAGUCUGAUUUUCUUCUACCUGUCGUCAGUGAGUCAGAACGAAAAGAAGAGCUGUGGCGGUGUGGAAGCGUUCCUGCUGGGCCUCUACAACUUGGAGAUUGUCGAUUCCACGGAUGUUCCAAAAAUAAAUACUUUCCGGAUUCCGUCAUUCGGCCAACCAUCUGUGUACCAUGAGCCACUCAGUUUGAGUCACAUGCAACCCCUGACAGAGAGUGCAUUGUCGCGGUUCACGCUGUCACAGGACAUAUGGAGGAGCGGACCUCACUCUGAGUUCGAGACCAUCAAUGGGCAAAACCGGCCAGCUAUUCUGGCUUACCUGAUGGAGUGUUACAACAAUCACAUAGUGACUCUGACAUCACAUUCACAUCGAUCACUAUGUCUGGCAGCCUCCAGGAUAGCGAGGAUUGGUUUCUCGGGACAGAUGUUCUCUCAGCCGUCUGACCUCGACUCGCUGGCUCCCAGCGAGACUCGCAACGGACUGCAGCCCGAGGUCAUGAUCCCGAGAAUCCCAGUCAGUCCCGCGCUGCUCGUCGAGAUGUUGUCGGGGGUCUACUAUGUCAUGUUCAAUGGGCAGACAACUGUAGCCAUCCAUGCUGUGGAAGACAUUCAUUCAAGGGCAGGUUAUGAGAUGUUUGCUGAUGUGCAAUUGGUAACGAGUGCUAUUCUGAACUCGCUCAAGUUCAGCCCGUCUUCCCAACCAGAAGAUGGUCCGAUGGGUAUCAGUGUCGCCAUAUCAACAAACAUCGGAAUCGCCAAGUCAGCCAUCACUAAUGCAUCAUUUAGAGCAAAGAAACUGCCUGAUGACAUUUCUGUUCCAACGACCCUCGACUCAAAACUCCAGCCAAUAGAUGAAGACAGCGAUGCAACUAGUUUGACUCAGAUUACUAAUAAAUCGGGACGGUUUUCGGGCAAACGAGCCAACCUGUUUAAGAAGGACAAGGACAAGGACAAGGUGAAGGUGAAAGAGAAGGAGAAAGUGACGAGGAAGGAUUCCGACGUGAGCAUCAAGUCUGUCGAUGGUGCGAGCAUGAGCGGGAAGUCGCUCGUAACCAACGGCGAUUCGUUGGACAGUGUUUCCGUGUCGGUCAUUUCGAACCAGGGCAAAUCGGUCGUGGACAAUAUCGAACUCGUGAGCCUCUCGAAAACAUCUGUCGGCGACGACGAAUACCUGGUCGCCAAUGGUUGCAGUGAGGAGUUCGCCCCAUCAGAGAUGCCAAAGAGUGUGAGUGCGUCGCCUAGUGUCCACAAGGAAAUCAAGAACGGACCUGUUAAUACGGAAAGUCUGAGUACAGAUUUAUGAUGGAAUAUUUUGUUGUGUUUUUUAAUUUUAUUGGGGGAAAAAAAAGAGAGACAAAAUCCUUGUUAUGCAAACAAAUACUGUGGCCAUUAUUAUAACAUGUUUGUAACUAACAGCUUUUUUAAUCAUUUUUAUAUACUCCCUUGUAUGACCGCUUAAGACAGGUUCAACUGUAAUUAAAUUUUGUUUCUUAGAAUAUCAAUGUCUUGUCUAAACCAGCAUUCAACCCUGUGGUACCGGCCUCCGUGGCGUCGUGGUUAGGCCAUCGGUCUACAGGCUGGUAGGUACUGGGUUCGGAUCCCAGUCGAGGCAUGGGAUUUUUAAUCCAGAUACCGACUCCAAACCCUGAGUGAGUGCUCCGCAA